CGUCAGCGCACAUGACCGGAACUCGAUCACAUGAUCAGUGUUUUCAAAGAAAACUUGUAUCCAUUCACCCUGAGAUCCUACGCUUUAUUACUAGUCUCCUGCAGAUCUGCAUCAGUGAGGAGUCAUGAGGCUUGUGAUUCUGGACGAUUAUGAUCUGGCCAGCGAAUGGGCUGCCAAAUACAUCCGGAACCGGAUCAUCCACUUCAAGCCCAGUGCUGACCGGUACUUCACUUUAGGACUUCCAACAGGGAGCACGCCCCUCGGCUGCUAUAAGAAGCUGAUCGAGUAUCACAAGAGCGGAGACCUGUCCUUCAAACACGUCAAAACCUUUAACAUGGAUGAGUAUGUGGGCCUGCCCAGGGAUCAUCCCGAGAGCUAUCACUCCUACAUGUGGAAUAACUUCUUCAAGCACGUGGACAUCGAGCCGCACAACACUCAUAUUCUGGACGGGAACGCCAGCGACCUGCAGGCCGAGUGCGAAGCCUUCGAGCAGAAGAUUGCGGUCGCGGGAGGAAUCGAGCUGUUUGUGGGAGGCAUCGGUCCAGAUGGACACAUCGCCUUUAAUGAGCCCGGCUCCAGUCUGGUGUCCAGGACCCGAGUGAAGACACUGGCCAAGGACACCAUAGUGGCCAACGCCCGUUUCUUCGGGAACGAUCUUUCCAAAGUUCCCAGCAUGACCCUCACCGUCGGAGUGGGAACAGUGAUGGACGCCAGAGAGGUCAUGAUUGUGAUCACAGGAGCUCAUAAGGCCUUCGCUCUAUAUAAAGCCAUCGAGGAGGGCGUGAACCACAUGUGGACGGUGUCUGCCUUCCAGCAACAUCCACGAACCAUAUUCAUCUGCGAUGAAGACGCCACGCUGGAGCUCAGGGUCAAAACCGUCAAGUAUUUUAAAGGCCUGAUGCACGUCCACAACCAGCUGGUGGAGCCCACGCUCAGCGUCAGGGACUACAGCGACUGAACACACACCACUGGGAACCGCCAAAACAUCAGUGUGUGGACGAGGGGAAACUGGGACCACAGCGGGUUUCAGCGGUCAUGGAGUGUGUGUCGAUGUAAAGCUUUCCCAAGAUGCCGUGUUUAUACACUCCAAUCGAGCGAGUCUCCAUAUUUGCUUCAGUACUCAACUUUUAAACUACUUUAAGGCCAGUAUUCUCAUGAAAAGGGAGGGGUGUGUGAGUGAGUG